ACAUGGGAGGUUCAUGGCCUAACCAGUUUUAUAGACGAUCAUGCAGAUCUGCUGUUGGACCAUGAACUCUAUGACACAAAGCUGAUCAUAGAUGGGAGCAACCUCUAUCACUUCAUCUACUUCAAUCAUAACGUGACAGCCACAUACGGAGGCGACUACAACGUCUUUGCCAUAAGAACUCGUCAGGUAUUUCAGACUUUCUUAGCCUGUAAUGUACAGCCGUAUGUGGUGUUUGAUGGUGCAUACAGCCGUGAUGACAAGAAGCUAGGAACUGUUGUAGACAGAGCAAGGAAGAAGAUUUUGUGUUCAGCCUCUGUAGCCAAAGGUGGUCGUGGGAAGAUUCUCCCCUUGCUGGCAUACGACACGUUCAUUUUUGUGUUGAAUGAACUACAAAUUCCACACAUGACAUGCGACCAGGAAGCAGACGACCAGAUCGUUCUCCUGGCCAAUGAGUAUAACUGUCCAGUCUUAUCUUGUGACAGCGACUUUUACAUAUUUGAUCUCACCGGUGGUUACAUUCCCAUGGAUUAUCUGGCAUUUGAAGCCACCAAGAGCUCAGACAAGAAAUACUCCUACCUGCCAUGUCAAUUUUACCACGUGGACAGCUUUGUUAAGAGCUUUGAAGGCUUGACGAAAAAUAAUUUGCCCCUAGUAGCAACUGUCCUAGGGAAUGAUUUCUUUGAAGGAGAUGCCUUUGAGAGAUUUCUUGCAAAGCUUAAUAUGCCAAAGACCUUAGGAAAAGACCACAAAACCAAAGAUAUCAUAAGCAUAAAACUAUUCCACUGGUUGGCGUCUCUUGACAACCCAGAAAGUGCUGAAGAGGAAAUCGUAAAAUUCUUGAAUGUUAGCCAACAGGUAAAGAUGAGAGAACUGAUGAAGAGUUACAGAUAUAUGAAAUCUGAUUUCGACCUUCCAGAAUUCUUUGAAAAGCGGCAGGAUUUUCACGCUCCCACGUAUCUGAAAGGUUAUAACGGCACUGAGCUCCCUGAGUGGCUGGUGUCCAAGGUACGUCGGGCAGAGCUGCCGGUGUUCAUGAUGAAUAUCAUCACACUCCACAGUAUCUUCCUCCAAUGUCAGGUAGAACAUACCCCCAGUCCUUCAGCUUGGGCAUGUUCAGACAAAGUUCGCAAGGUUCUGUAUGGUAUAUUGCUCAAAGAUGAUCUAAGUGAAACAAAUUCCAGGGCAGCUGAGAGCAAAAGAAGUGUGAUGGUGGAAGAGUAUAGUCGUGAUAUCAAAAACUGUAGGAAGUCAUUUCUUAAUCCUUGCCUAACGCUGCCAGAUUUUGGGGUGUUACCAGGACUGACUGAACUACCCCGUAUGGAUAUGGCUGUCCGUAAAAAACUUUUCGUUGAAAGCCUUGCGCUGGACGAGCGCUCUCUCUCACCUCUGUGCCCAACUUUGACCUUGCACAUUGUCUGUGUUAUAUUCUGGGUGAGAGAAUCAGACCCGAAGAUAACUGACUCGCAUGUGAAGUCCCUUUUGGUUUGUUUGAUUUAUCUGUUCGUCAAACGGAACAUCAACAAAACUACAUUUACACGUGUCGAUAAGUCAUCUGGCAAGGAUUAUGAGUUAGACUUGGAGUCCUCGUUCAUAUCAAGUACGGAUGCACAGUUACAAGGGCUAAAAACAAAUCUGGAUAAAUUCGCGGUCCAACCAGUUCAUAAUCAUAAAAGCGUUAUAAACCCAGAGGUAAUUAAUGGGUUUGCUCAAUUCCAAGCCUGCUUGUUGAUGAUUAAGUACUUGAAUAAGCUCUUAGGACACCCUAUUCAGGACGCUAACCCAGAAAACUUCUUCAAUGGGUCAUUUUUGUACAACUUGUGCAGGAACCUUGAGACUCGACCGUUACCUGAUCUCUUCCUGUCAGAAGUGCUGGUGAGAGGAUCACCACUUCAUCAGUGCUUUCAGAGAUUGGAGGAUCUGGUUCUGAGGAACUUGAGUCCUGAUGAAGUGCCUGUACAGAAGCCAAGGAGUGCCAAACCGAGAAAAGGGUCGAAGGGAAGGAAAUCUAAAGAGAGCCCAAGGACUACUGAAGAUACUCCUAUGAAUGCAGAUGUUUAUGGUGAUCUUCACAAAAGCGGAAAGGUGAGGUUUGAAGCUGCGUGUGACUUACAGAACAGAUUUGCCUGUUUCUCUGUGGAGGGAGACUUUGACUAAUAUCAGCGAACCAGAUUGUGUUGUUAGUUCAAAGAAAAUACUUGUUCAGGCUGAAUGAAAUAUAAAUGUUAAAGAACAGCUGAGAAAUGUCGUUUGACGAAAUUGUUCUGUUUAGAAGAAUGAAUGCUUGGCGUUUAACGUUGCACUGAACAAUUUUUUCGGUCAUGUGACGACUAAGAUUCAUUAGGUGUGUGUGCACAUAUAUUGUGUCUUCUUGACGCUUCAGCCUUUAAUUCACCUAGGUCACCUGAGAAGAGAUUGUCUCAGUUUAGUAGAAUUUGUGUAAGUGGGAUGUACCGAGUAGAAGUUUCAAAACAAUCGUCUUUGUGUAUGAUAAUUUACUUAAUAUAGUUGAUAGUACAGAGUGCACACAGUCCUUGAAACUCAUUGAAAGUGCUUGAAAAAUACAAUUUCAUUUGCAAGUAAUUGAAAGUCCUUAAAAAAGACAAAUACUCCUGGAAACUCCUUGAAAAUCUUAGUUUGUCCCGAACUUAAAUAUUGUCUGCUGACCGCCGAGUCUGUAUAUAGGGAACUCGCUGAUAAUUCUCCCAUAAUCAGGGCUUCCGCUCGCACUAGCCAUUGUCGCAAAUUUAGAACCAUUUUUUGAAAUGGCGAUAACAUUUGAAAAAAAUGCGAAUGUUUUUGGCGACAAAUUUAUUUACUUAAGAAAAAAAAAGGGUUCAGCACUGUUGCAAGUUUACUUUUAUUAAAUAACGCUUGAAAUCAGUUUUGUUAA